AUGGAACUGGAGUCAGAGCCGGAUGAUGAUCCCGAGGAGGAGCCAUUGGAGGUUGAGUCCGAGUCUGAGUCUAUGAAUUCUGAGUCCAAGUCGUCCGAUGAUUUAUCUGAGUCUUCGGGAUCCGACCCGGAUUGUGCAGGUGCGGCAGGACCCAAGGAAAUAGGAAACUUGAUGGGAAGGCAGGCUCAAGAGAGGGCUGCCAAUACUGCCCAAGCUGCUGAGGCCGCAGCAAAUGCUGCUGUUAAUGGUAAUCAGGCCAAUCAAGGGCAGGCUCAGGUAGUUGCGAAUAGGCAAAUGCACCAAUUGGUGGAGCAGUUUUUGAAACUAAAGCCGCCGAAGUUCGAUGGAAAAGGUGACCCCGAGGCCGCGCCGCGUUGGGUGGACGAACUGGAGAAGGCCUUUGAAGUCCUGGGGUGCACCGAAGUUGAGAAGGUGACCUUGGCUGUGUAUCAGUUGCAGAAGAAUGCCAGUGACAGGUGGAAGGCCACCAGGGGGAGAGUAUUCCCCGAGGGUACUGCCCAGACUUGGGCUGUGUUCACUGAAAAUUUCUAUGGGAAGUACUUCUCAGAGAGUGCCAGGGAAAGGAAAUUAGCGGAGUUCAUGAGACUUUGCCAAGGAUCAAUGACAGUAGAUCAAUAUGAGGCGAAAUUCGCAAGGCUAUCGAAGUUCGCGCCAAGGAUGGUGGAGGACCCACUAGAUAAGGUCCGAAGGAUCUGGGAUGGGCUGAAGCCGGACCUUCGAAGCCAGAUGAUCUCAUUGAAUAUCCGAGAUUAG